AUGGGUUGCGGUGAUUCUAAGCACGAUGACUCUCCGCCGCAAGUGGCUCCAACUGAUGACCCUGCUGAGGGCGCCGAUGCUCCUAAAUCAGAGACUCAGGCCAGCAUUGUCGAGGACAAGGUGAAGUCGAAGGCUUCAGGCGUUGAGGACAAGAAGCCGCCCGAAGAGGAGGCGCCCCCUGCAGAGGAGCAGCCCCCACCGGCGCCGCCUGCCGCCGACAACUCUGCGACCUGCAUGCCAUCGGCGCCGCCCGUCGAGCCGCCGCCCGUGGCCGUGCCGAGCACCAAGAAGCUGAGCAGCAAAGUGGGCUCCAAGGUGGGAUCCAAGGCCAGCUCAAAGGCGGGCAGUAAGGCGAGCAGCAACGUCGCCUCGGUCUUUAGCACCGGCGGCGGCGGCGGCGGCACCAGCGGCGUCGAGUCGACCAUCUCUGCCGGGGCCGGCUCCGGGGCGGGCAGCAAACUGGACGGCCCUGAUUCGGCCACCGGGUCUCGACUGUCGAGCGUCCACUCGGGUGCUGGCUCAUCGAGUCGCCACUCCAACUUUGGCUCGCAGAUCUCCGGCGCCGGUUCGCACCACGGCGGAUCGGCCAUUCUCAGCGUGCCCUCUGGAUCGAAGACAGGCAGUGUCGUCCUCUCUGACAUUGUCUCUGGAGCUUCCUCGCAUGGCGGCUCGAGGAUUGCCUCUGGAGUAGAGGGACCCUCAACCCCGGGCAGUAAAAUCACUUCAAAGGUGGGUGGAAGCAGCAUCGUUGAUGGCCCCUCCAAACCAGGCAGCGCCAUUGGCUCUAAGGCCGGCUCAAAAGCGGGCUCAAAAGUGGGCGACGCCAAGCCAAGCUCUAAGGUGGACGCCAAAACUGGCUCCAAAGUAGACGGGAAGGCAGGCUCAAAGGUGGGCGAAGCCAAACCUGGCUCCAAGGUUGAUUCAAAGGCCGGCUCGAAGGUCGGCUCAAAGGUUGACUCUGCAGUGAAGUCAGCGGUGAAGGGUGCUGGCGCCGUCUCGCCCAAGGUCACCUCAAAGAUCUCCAGCACCAAGUCGUCUAAAGUGGGCUCAAAGGCAGGCGGCUCAAAAACCGGUUCCAAAGUGGAGUCUGCCAAGCCUACUGGCUCAAAGUUGGACGCCGCCAAGCCCACCGGCUCCAAAGUAGAUGCCGCUAAGCCAACUGGCUCCAAAGUGGACUCUGCCAAACCGCCCAGUUCAAAGAUUGCCGACGGGGCCAAGCAAACUGGUUCAAAGGUCGGCGAGGCCGCUAAGGGAACCGGCUCAAAGGUGGACGCCGUCAAGUCGACCACCAAGGCCUCUGACGGCAAGCCGCCCUCAAAGACCGGCUCGAAGCUGUCGCCUGACUCCAAGUCGAGCGGACCGUCAGCCACCAACAAGGCGCUGUCAAAGACGGCCCCCUCGAAGAUAAUCACCUCGGUGAACAUGAAGUCGAACAGCGGCACCGACGGUGGCAAGUCAGGCAAGGCGGCCUCCUCUUCUCCGGGCGACGCCAGCAAGUCGCAGAAGUAG